AUGGCUCCAAACCCGCCGAAGGGUACGUCGUCCAGAGCCUGGGAUGCAGUGACCCCACCCCUUUCAGAAUGGGUGCUUGAGGCUAUGUCCUCAAUGGGCUUCGCGCGGAUGACCCCCGUGCAAGCCUCCGCCAUUCCUUUAUUCAUGGCGCAUAAGGACGUUGUGGUCGAAGCAGUUACUGGAAGUGGAAAGACGCUAUCAUUUUUGCUUCCCAUCGUGGAGAAGCUUUUGCGCCUCGAAGAACCGAUUAAGAAGCACCACAUUGGAGCGAUCAUUAUCUCCCCCACCCGAGAAUUGGCAUCACAGAUUCAUAGUGUCAUGCAAUCAUUACUUGCGUUUCAUCCUCCUUCAGCCGCCGCAAUGACUCCACUGGACGACGAUGAUGCGCCUCGUCAGAAGUUUCCCUCGUCCACCCUCAAAGUCGUGCCUCAACUUCUCCUGGGCGGCUCUACCACCCCUGCGGAAGACCUGAGCAGGUUCUUGAAGCUGUCCCCGAACGUGCUUGUGUCGACGCCCGGACGACUGUUGGAACUCCUUUCUUCGCCGCAUGUCCAUUGUCCCCAGUCUUCAUUCGAGAUGCUAGUUCUUGAUGAGGCAGACCGGCUCUUGGAUUUAGGGUUUAAGGAGACACUGCAGAAUAUCUUGCGCCGGCUUCCUAAACAAAGACGAACCGGUUUAUUCAGUGCCAGUGUAAGUGAGGCUGUCGACCAGAUCGUUCGGGUUGGUCUGCGCAAUCCGGUCAAGAUUAUGGUCAAGGUCAAGGGUACAUCUGGGGUUGAUGACAAGCGAACCCCUGCUAGUCUGCAAAUGACGUACCUGUCAACUCCUCCUCUACACAAAUUUGCCGCCCUGAAAAACAUCCUUUCCUCAGUUCAACCGACUCCUCAAAAAUCGAUUUUCUUCGUUUCGACAUGCUCGGGCGUCGACUAUCUGUCCGCGAUCCUCCCACUGCUUCUUGGUGAUGACUUCUUGUUGAUACCCCUGCAUGGCAAACACCAGGCAAAUGUUCGCCAGAAGAACUUCAACCGCUUCCUAAGUUCCCAUAGCCCGGCCAUCCUCCUCACCACCGAUGUCGCAUCCCGAGGGCUUGAUAUCCCAUCGGUCGACCUCGUUGUACAGAUAGAUCCUCCUUCCGAUCCCAAGACCUUCAUCCACCGAUGCGGCCGUGCAGGCCGAGCCGGCCGGAGAGGUCUGAGUGUAGUGAUGCUGCAUCCUGGACGGGAAGAGGAUUACGUUUCAUUUCUUGACGUCAGAAAAACCCCUGUCGUUCCAUUCUCCCCAUCCAUCUCAUUCUCCGAUGCCGAUGCAACCUCUGCUACCGCGCGUGCCCGCAAGGCUGUGCUGGCCGAUCGUGCAUUGCAUGACAGAGGCCAGAAGGCUUUUGUGAGCUGGCUUAGGAGCUAUAGCAAACACCAGGCGAGCAGCAUAUUCCGUGUCGCGGAUCUUGAUUGGGAGGCGCUUGGGAAAGCAUGGGGUCUGUUGAAAUUGCCUAAGAUGCCCGAGCUGAGAUCCUUUACCGGUGAUAAGACGCUUGGUGUCAGUCUCGAUUGGGAUAACUUUUCAUACAAGGAUAAGCAGCGGGAGAAACGCCGGAAGGAGCUUCUCCAGGAGGCUGCAGAGUCUGGUGUUUCCCAACCGUCUUCGAACAAGCGGCGAGCCAGCGAGAGCGUCGCAUGGAGUCAAAAUGCCGAGAACAAGAAUAAAAAACUGCAACGUCGUGAGUACAAGAAGCUGAAGCAAGAGAAGACCAAGUGGGAGAAUAUGACGGAAGAAGAGAGACAGAAGGCCCGGGAAACAAAGGAGAUGGUGGAAGAGCUAAGAGCGAAGAACUUGGAAGAACGACGGUUCAGACAAGCAGCAGCCAAAGCUGAGACAGCGAAGGCUGGCGGUGAGGACGAAGAGUUCAAGGGGUUUGACUGA